GCCGAGAAGUAGCAGUGAGGGUUGCGGGACUGACUGACAGUGGAAGGAGCUGUGUCUGUGUUUAGCACUCAACUGUCUGAAACCGUGGCAAACUUGGACUUGAGACAACGAUGAGGAAUGAGCUGUAUCAAGGGAUGCACUGCAGACUUCAAUGAGAACGUGCCCCAAAUGAAAUCCAAGCAGCAUGGAACAGGAUGAAUUUCCACCGCCUCCUCCUGAAGUGCUAGAAAAUGAGCUUCCAUACUUUGAUGAUGAUGAACAUGAUGAAGGCCAAGUAUUUGAUUUCGACAGUGAUGAGAUACCAGAAGCAGACAGAGAGCCCAGCUCUGCCCCUCUACCUGUGGUUAUGAAUGAAGUGGAACACGGCACUACGGAAGCCUCAAAACAGGAUGAUGUAACUUUGGAUACAUCUACUGACAACCAUGGAUAUUAUGAAAUAUCAGAAACAAAUAAUUUGUCCCCGCAUAGAAAGGAUUUCGAUCAAGACCCUAAAGCAGUGGCACGAGAAAACGGUACUGCUGUCAAUUUGCUACAUACAUCAACACAAGGCGCAGCACUUGCAAAAGUGAAUCCAUAUUCGGUUAUAGAUAUCUCACCAAUCCAGGAAGGCGAUCAAGUUGAAUCAUCAGGAGCAGAACAAAGCCUCCAGGACAAUAAGGCAACUGGUCAUGCACUUCCUGCUGGAUAUUGUAUUCCAGUUCCCUGCGGAUAUGCUGUCCCAUCCAAUGUACCAUUGUUGGUUCCUACAUAUUCAGCCCCUGUUACUUUAAUAAGAAAUAUUUCUGUCGAUGAGGAAGUGCCAUUUACAAGUGAGGAUUUUGAUGCUAAAAUUAUUCAGUCAAACAGUCAGCCAGCUGGUGAAGAUUACCUUGCUUUAGACACAGAAGAUGCAUUUACCAAAUGGGCUUCAGAUCCAGCAAAUACAGCAUGGCUGGAGGGUCAGGAUGAAGUAAUUUAUGAUGAUGUGCCAAGAGAAAAUUCUGAUGCGUCAGCAACAGAUCCAGAAGAACUCAUUUAUGAUGAUGUAGAACAUGGAGAUGAGGCUGCGACAAGUUCUUUGGAUUAUGGUUGGAGCUCCAGUGAGUUUGAGAGCUAUGACGAGCAAAGUGAUGGUGAGGCUAAAAGUGAAAAUGGAAUUCCCAACUCAUUCCUCCAAGGCAAAUCUCACAAGAACAAGAUACAUCUUUCGCAGGACCUAAGUCGUUUAAAAGAACACUAUGAGAAGAAAAUGAAAGAACUGGCAAAUGCAGUGGGAAGUGUGGAACUUCAACAACUGAAGCAGAAACAAGAACGGAAGAUGCAACAAUUAAUGAAAGCUGCAAAGGAAGGAACAAAAGAUGGAUUAGAAAAGACCAAAGCUGCUGUUCUUAAAAGGGGACGUUCGUUUAUUAGACACAGGCAUCAAGAUCACAGGUUUGGGUGUCUGGAAGAGGAAGAACAGAAUCUGUUCAUUGAUGUUGACUGCAAACAUCCAGAGCCAGUAAUGACACCAAUGCCAGAGGGUUUGACACAGCAGCAGGUUGUCAGACGAUAUAUUCUUGGGUCAGUAGUUGAAAGUGAGAAGAGUUAUAUGGAUGCAUUGAAGCGAAUUCUAGAGCAUUAUGAGAAACCUCUUUUGGAAAUGGAUCCGAAGUUAUUAAGUGAAAGGAAAUUGAAAAUAGUGUUUUAUCGAAUAAAGGAGAUUCUUCAGUGCCAUGCCCUGUUCCAGAUUGCCUUAGCCAGUCGUGUGACUGAGUGGGACUCGGUUGAAAUGAUUGGAGAUGUCUUUGUUGCCUCAUUUUCUAAGUCAAUGGUGCUUGAUGCAUAUAGUGAAUAUGUAAACAAUUUUAGUACUGCCAUGGGGAUAAUUAAGAAAGUGUGUGCCAGCAAACCUGCCUUUCUGGAAUUUUUGAAACAAUGCCAUGAGUCAAGUUCUGAUCGCAUUACAUUGUAUGGACUAAUGAUGAAGCCAAUUCAGCGUUUUCCACAGUUUAUUCUUUUGCUACAGGACAUGCUAAAGAACACUCCAAAGGGACACCCUGACAGACUACCUCUUCAGAUGGCUCUCACUGAGCUUGAAACAUUAGCAGAGUAUUUAAAUGAACAGAAACGGGAAGCAGAUCAACGCUGUGAGAUGAAGCAGAUCGCAAAAGCAAUGAAUGAGCGUUACUUGAACAAGCUUCUUCGUAGUGGAAACAGAUACCUCAUAAGGUCAGAUGACAUGGUGGAAACGGUUUACACUGAGAAAGGAGAAAUUGUGAAAACCAAAGAGCGACGUCUGUUCAUGUUAAAUGACGUACUUAUGUGUGCUACAGUCAGCUCUCGUGUCCAAUAUGACAACAGUGGUGCAAUACCCUCUGGCCUGAGAUACUUGUUGAAGUGGAGUGUACCGCUAUCUCAAGUUGAAGUUGUGGAAUUUGGGAACAGUGAGGAUCUGGCAGAAAAAAAUAGAUUUACCCCACCGCAUUCUGGAGAAAAGAUUCUAAUUAGUACAAAACCAAACAAGCUGUACAUGGGACCGGGACAACUGUAUCAGGAUUUACAAAACCUCAUGCAUGAUUUAAGUGUGAUUGGCCAGAUUACGCAGCUUGUUGGUACUUUAAAAGGAAAUUAUCAGAAUUUAAAUCCAGCUGUGAGCCAGGAUUGGACAGCAGGUCUUCAGAAACUCAUAUUUAAAAAGGAAGAAGAAAUAAGGGCAGCAGAUCGUUGCAGAAUUCAACUGCAGCUUCCUGGAAAACCAGACAAAUCUGGAAGGCCUUCCUUUUUUACAGCAGUAUUUAAUACAUUUACUCCAACAAGCAAACUCUCCUGGAUGAGUAGUUUACAAAUGGCCAAAUUGUCCCUUGGGGAUGAGAACCAGCUGGGUUGGUUUUGUGCAGAGGAUGAUGGGAAACAGGUAAAGCGCCAAAAGCACCCACUACUUGUCAAGCACAUGCCUGUGAUGAUGUCAAAACUGCAGGAGUUCAAGGUAGAAUGUGCUGUUCAUAAUCCUGAACGUUGUAAUGCAUCUGAUGCACCAAACUCAUUUUCUAUGGAACAUGGAUAUCUGUGGAUUGGAAGUUGUACCAAUCAAAUGGGUCAGGUUACCAUUGUCACUCUACAUAAUUCCAAUCCAAAAGUGAUUGAAUGUUUCAACGUUGAGUCCCGUAUACUGGCCAUGGUAUAUAUCCCAGAAGAUGACAAAUCAGAAGAAUCCGAUGUCUUUUCUGACUCUGAAUCUAUGAGUACAAAGUGCACUGAAACUCCAUCUAUUUGUCUUGGAAUGGAAGAAGGAAGCAUUUCCGUGUACAAGAGUAAUCAGGCUUCGAAAAAAGUGCGAUUGCAGCAUUUCUUUACUCCGGAUAGAUCGACAGUGGUGAGCCUCGGAUACAAAUUACAGUGUCUCUAUGCUGGGCUUCUUAAUGGAAACAUUGCUAUCUAUACCAAGGCUGAAGAUGGAUCUUGGAAUGCUGAUUCACCAAAAGUGCUGAAGCUUAGUGACCUACCUGUGAAAAUCAUCCUUGUAAUGGAAGACACACUCUGGACUGCUUCUGGUGGACAGGUUUUCAUCAUCAACACCAAGGCACACACAGUGGAGCAACAGUUUGAGGCUCACCAAGAAGAAGGGAUGAUCAUCUCGCACAUGGCUGUGGCUGGUGUUGGAGUCUGGAUAGCCUUCCAUUCAGGCUCUGCUCUGCGCUUGUUUCACACAGAGACACUUGAGCACCUUCAAGAUAUCAACAUCGCCACUCCUAUUCAUAACAUGAUAACAGGACAGCAACGGGUUACUGUGACCAGUCUCCUAGUCUGUCAUGGGCUACUAUUGGUUGGAACCAAUCUGGGUAUCAUUGUGGCUUUGCCAGUUCCUCGAUUACAGGGAAUACCCAAAGUUACAGGAAGAGGAAUGGUGUCCUACCAUGCACACUGUGGACCAGUCAGAUUUCUCACUGUGGCUACAGCCACUGCCACAAUGAUGAAUAAAUAUCCAUCACUUACAAAUCUGUCACCCCAACUAGAAGGAAAAGAUGGAGAAAAGACUGGUCAUGUUGGCUCUCAAACUGAAUACUCAGUCUCUUCAUGUGCAACGAACAAAGACAAAGGGGUUUGGCUUGGAGACACAUCAGUAUCUGUUGUACAACACAGCAGUAUAUCUUCAUCUACAGGAUCUCUGACCUGCUCUCACCAGUCCAGCUCACUGGAACAUGGCCCUGAGGACAGCACAAUCUAUGAGUUCUUGAAUGACCCUAGUCUCUCAAGUAAAGGUAAAAACAGUGACAGUGAAAGGAUGAAGAUGAUGAAGAUGAGUUCUGUUUUGGUCAUCUCUGGAGGUCAGGGACAUAAACGACUGAACAAGAAGUCCAAACAACAACGUCAAGAUGAAACUAUUUCCACAAUCAUGAUUUGGCAAAUCCCAUUGUUAAAAGUAUGAAGAGUGAAUGGCCUUGUCCUUAUCACUUCUUUUGAUAUCUGCAAUCCUUUUUGGGAUAUAUUUUUCAAGAUAAUAUAGAAAAUGCAUAAAUGUUCUUGUGUAUUUUGAACAGCAUGUAUUGUAGCAGCUUAAUACAUACGUCAGUCUGCCAAACCAUUAAGACUUGCAUUGCCAAUGUUGAACAAUGUGUGAGAUCUAAACGUGAACUUCAAAAAUAGAUUAAAUUCCUAUUCAAUGAGUAGCAUGUUUCAACAGUUUAUCAACACAAUCCUGAGGCACAUUGCAGCAAGACUUAUUUUAAUUGGUUUGGAGAAGUUGCACUUGUAGAUAACAUUUCCAAGCUUUGUUGCUGUGAAAACUAAGCAGAUUUUCCACUAAACAACUUAAUUUUGCUUACUCCUUGAUUAAAAGUACCCGUGGGUCAAUUUUUCCAACUCCAUGUUCUGGCCUCUUUCUCAGACACACAUUUUCUAGGAUAUUUAAAUAAGAUUAGAAAUUUACCAACCAAAAUCCCAAAACAUAAAGGAAUACAAAGGUUUGCUACCCCUUUUUGAUGGGAAUUUCAAAUAUGAUAGAGUUGUUUCAUAGAAUAAAUAAAAUUAUUGCAUGGAUCUUAUUGUUGAGUUAACAUACAUCUAUAAAAAAAUUCUUGAAAUUUGGCAAGUGUACAUAAAAGUUGAGCAACUGAUUGAAACUUUAUUUAACAGCAUUUUUUUAAGUAAAGAGCCAUAUUUGAUACUGCUGACCAGUGCAGGAAGGCAUUUUGGCGUUAAGUUGCAUUACAGACAUUAGUGUACAGUUCUGCUCGUACAUUUAAUACAGACAGUUAAUCAUUUGCUGGAGAUGCUCAUUACUAAUUACUAUAUAAACAUUACCUACUUUUGCACAAACUAUUACAAAAUAAGCUUAUGCAUUUUUCUACUUUUUAACGAUUGAUUCAAAUCUAUAUUUUUUAAAAUGUAGAUAAUUUUCAAAUUGAUUUGUGAAUUUAUUUUGUAUAUUACUGGGUAAUCCUCAUAAUUGUUUAUUAAUUCAAUGGGAAUGGUAUACUUUAGUUGAAAUGAAAGUCAAAUUUUCAGUUAUUGUUAAAUGAAAGCUUUCCAUAUUCAAGUGGGUAGUUUUAGAACACCUCUCAACUAAUGUAAUCCUAAUGUAAACCACGUCACCAACAACACAAGAUCUCAAGCUUUCUAUGAUUUGUAUUCAGUUCUUGAAAUAAAUUUAAUUUCUAGUCCAGUAAUAUGGGGUUAAAUUGUCACUGGAGCAAUAAGACAGAUUAAAAUCUAUGCAAGCAAGUUACCAGCAUCUGAAAGAGUAAAGCCAAAUCUGCGGUGUCAAAUGCGGAUUGACCAAUUCAGCAUUUUACAGUGUUUUGAUCUAUUUCACAUAACUAGCAAUCAUAAUUUUUUUUAAACAUGCACAUGCAUAGCUUUUUUUGAAGUUUUGUGGCAGUGUGCAUCAGUAAUAUUUCUGACAUGAUUUCAUUGUUGGCUUGAAAUACAAAUUGCAUCCAUUUAAGGUGUUAGAUCAUAUUGCAUCUCAUCAGCUGUUAUGACAUUUCAAGGUGAAGUCUAGUCAGCAUUGUUCUCAACUGUUCAAGCUAUAUUAAAAUUUCAUCGCGCAAUCAAUAUGUUUAUGGCCAAGUGUUGAAAUAAGAUUUUGCAUGAUUGAAUUGUAUUUAUUGGACUGUUUCUUUAGCGUAUCAGCAAUAUUCAGUAUUGGAUUGUGGAUCUCAUAACACGUUGUGUUACAUUUGCUGCCAGUGUUACAUUUGGCAAUGCAGUUUGUUUCACUGUUGCAAUGGGCAGAGGUCUUCGAACUGGUUCUGAUGUCACGUUCAGACUUGCCUAGCCUAAAUGUAUUGUUUAGCAGGAGCCCUCGGGCCGAUUUUGGAAAUUAAAAUUAAACAGAGAUAGCUUUUAGGAAUGAGGAAGUCAUUAACACUGUGCAAACUAUUGCCAGUUGACUUGUUCUGUUUUACAAGCAGAAACCCACUAUUGAAUGUAAGCAUCUCGAAAGCAAUAAAGUAGUUAAUUCCUCCAUAGUCAUAGUUUAUUUGGCCAAUAUAUAACAUGCAAUUGUUCUCCUUGUACAAGAGAUCCACUUAGUAAGCGCAUGUAGGUAAGAGCAAAUUUCUUGGAUCUGCAAAUAUUUUAAGAAGUAUUUCCAGGUAACAUUGUGUUGUUUACUUUAUUUGGUCAAAUGACCUAUUGCUUGUUAUCAGUCAAGAUGACAAUAUCCAUUUGGACUUUAGCUUACAGGUUUAUUUGGACUCAAGUAGUGAGGUUGUAAGGGUCCAUUGCAGAUUUAUUGCUGGAGGCCACAUUAAUAAACUAGGCAGACUGAUUAAUCAUCAACUGUGCCCUGGAGUACUGCAGACCUGCCUGUCAACCAUAGGGUUCAGAUUGUUGAAUCUAAGCUAAGGCCUGAUUCCAAUCUCCCAUUCGCUGAAGAUUGCUGGCUGACCCAUCCCACAACAUUUCACAACAUUAUCAAAGAGGAUAGUCAGUACCUAGUCAUCAGACACCAUGCAGUAAAAUAGGCUAAACUUCUGCAGUGUUAAACUGCCAGUACCAAUUUAUAGUCCACAUGUUUGGCUCUAGGGCCAGAAGAAGUGGAGACCAAUGUUGUGCAUUCGAGUAUGCAUAUUUAUAACACGAGGAUCUUUUCUAUACAUUCAAAGGCUAACUAAGUUUAAUUGUUAUCAAUACCCAUCCAUUAGCUCCAGACGAGUAUUCAAAAGGUUUUUUUUAAAAACAACUUUCCCUGUUAGUCCCAUAAUUGCCCAUUGCACCCAUUAACAGUCAACUUGAAGCUAGAGAUUGGUAUAAGUACAUUCUUUGCUGAAUUGGAAUCAAAUAACAGGGCACACAAAUUUCAAAGUUGUUUCAACUUUUUAUUGAUGUAAAUUAUGCAACAUAAACAGUCCAUGUAAGAAGCCUUGGAGUGCUCCAAAUGUGCUUAUUUUCUUUAAAUUGGAGCAAAUGUUUGUGAAAAUAAGGUAUAUAGGAUCCUGGAAUAAAAACAUAAGUGCUGGAGAAACUCACCAAGUCUGUCAACGUCUGUAAAGAAAGAAGCAGAGUUCAUGUUUUGAGUUUAAAAUGACUUCAUCAGAACUAAAAAUGUUAACUCUGUUUCUCUUACCAUAGAUGCUGCGAGAUCACUAAGUUUCUCACACACUUUGUUUUUACUUCUGAUCUCCAGUAUCUGUAGUAUUUUGUUUUUGUAUAUAGAAUCCUGUAUUGUUUGAAAAUUAAUAGCCACAGUCACAUGUAAAUAAUCAUCUAAUAUUCCAUUAUGUGGAGAUACCCUGAGAUUUUUACAGGGCUUUUAUAAGGAGCGGGUGCAAUGUGGUACUUUAAGUUUGUCAGGGUAAUGCAUUUUUGUUCAAAUUAAACUUCUGAAUAGUGAAAAUGAAACAUAUUUUAUAAUCAAAAAAUUGUCUGUCUUUGUACUUACCAUUGGACUUUAAUGAUCUGAAAGUAGCUUUAUUCAACACCGAAUGCUGUAACACUAUUGACUAGUGCUGAAGGUUAGUUUGUUUAGAUAGUAUCAACUCCAGUACCAAGAUCACUAUGUAAAAUUUGCUUUGCGAUUAUGACCAAAGAUUGAAGGUUAGCUGAUGCAUAAGAGCAGAAAUUGCUGGAAAAAUUCAGCAGGCCUGACAGCAUCUGUUUUUAGAGAGAUAGAGACAGAUAGACAGAAUUGAUGUUUCAAGUCCAAUAUGGCUCCACUUUGGAAUGGUUUAUAGGGUAUCUUAUUUAUAAGUUUUUUUUAAUGUUUAUGUUUAGCAAAAAUGUCUUUGUCUUUUAACAACAGUUAGAGCAUCAACUGGAAUGCAAGACUUUUGAAUUAUUUCAGCAAAAGUCACAGUCAAUUGUGAAAGUGCAGCUGACCAGGGAAGAGCAAGGGAUAAUAUUUCUUCUCAUUGACCAGCUUGUUCAUUCAAAUAAAUUUAAAGUUAAAAUUUGCUAAAUGGAAAUGCUUGGAAAGACUAUUGCAGAGUAGAUUUCCUGGACAUCAAUUAUGCAUGAAAAACAGAUCUAACCAGACUUUUUUGUGAUGUUUUGUUGGCCGAAAAUCUUGAGUGAACUAUAAUGUUCUGUAAAAUAAUUGAUCUUGAAGCUGCUGCUCUUAUUUGACCAAUCCAUAUCAAUGCCAUUUUGUUUCCUAUUCCGUUCUGUUCAAUUAGACUUUUCAAUCUUUGUUGUAAUCUAAAUCUGCAAUUAACUCAGUGAGGGUCAUUUUGGUUCCAUGAGAUUACGUCAAAUGGAUGACAAUAAAUUGGUGGCCAUUUUCAGUCUCUCCCAAUUUUUAUUUUCAUUGACAAGUAUCCACACAUUAUGAAACAUAUCUGAAAAUGACUGAAUUACUGUAGACAUGAACCAAACAAUCUAACAAGAAUUCAGAUAAUCUUGUGAUCUUUUGUAUUAUGCUUUUUUUUUCUUUCUUGAUCAUUUCUGGAUAAGUCUGUGCCAAGUUCCUAAAAAAUAUGAAUUUAUCACAUAAAACAGAUGAUCAUUUGGCUCAAGUUUACAAAAGAGCAAAAGAUGGCAAGUUUAGAAGAUGUAAGUGUACUGAUUAUUUCUGUUGCUGACAUUAGGACCACUGAUGCUGUUAUAGUGUGCUAGAGGUCAAAAGUGAAUUUUCUGUACAGAAUUUCAAAAAUUCUAAGACUUCAGUCUCCGUUAAAAGACCAGCAAAUUAAAUGAUGCGUAACCAAACAAUUUUAUACAAUUCCUAGUCACCAACAUUGACACAAAUUGGAAAAUCAAAGUUCCCCGUCUUAAAAAGCCACCAACUUUUAGACAAAGUAUAAUUUAAAAACAGUUAUCACUGUUGAUCUAUACUGAUAGAUAGUACCAUGCGGUCUUAGGUAGAUGACUAUUAUAGAAAUCCAAAUAAUAAAUCUUGUGAGAAGCAUUUAAUACCGAAAUUCAUUAAAUAUUUAUAACAAAAACUUUAAAUUUGAAAACCAACAAUUUGCCAAUUUAUUUGAAAACUUCUUCUAUUGCUCAAUGCUUGAAAUUAUUUUAUUGUUUGACAAAGUAAGUUGCAGUACUUAAGUGCCAUAAAAUCAGUAGAGAAGAAAUUCCAGCUGAACAGGAGCACCAAAGAGGCAGUUGUCUAUUGGUUGUGUCUUGUCCAAUGAAUCGUAUGGAAGUGAAUAUUGGGUGAGACAUUUAAUCGUUGAUGUGAAACAGCCAAUUUUGCACUACCAUCAGAAAUUAAUUUCUACCCCACGGUAUUUUUAAUUUGAGUCAAGUUUGUCAAGUUUGAAUGAAUUUAUAACAUGACCCAUGAAAGAUAUCCUAUCCGUAAAGUAUUUUUAGGAUAUGACAACAAAUGAUGUUCAGUGGGGUUGACAUAGCGAUGAAUGGGGUUGUUUUCUGAAGUAUAGUAUAGUUGAGGUUUAACAUAUAAUGACAACAGGGUCUUGUAAAUGUUUCUCAACUUCAUAGUUCUAGCUUUGAAUGUAUUGAACUUUUAUAUUCUCGUGUCUGUAAUGUUUACCUUGUAUAUUGUAGUUUCCGGAUUAUUGGUUAAUAUGCUAAAUAUAUUUGUUUUGAAAUUACCCAGCAAAUGACUGAAAUAAUGAUAACCUGUAACAUGUUACAAGCUCUUCUCUGUUUACCUAUUUAAAAGUAAACACUUGCUCAUUUAUGUUAAUAAAUUUCCUGAUACUGUGUCUUUUGUUUUACAGUUUGUACUUGUGUAUUAUUUCUAAGGCUGUUUUAUUUAUUGUCCUCACUGGGGAAGAAUUGUGUGGAAUCAAUCCACAAAUAUUUCCUAUCAUAGUAUGUUCACAUUAUGAUGCUGAUCACUCAUCUACUCAAAUUUCCAAUCAGAUUAUGAUGUUUGGGCCUGGGACACUUUUUUGAGUGUCAAUAUAU